AUGACCAUGGAUAUCACUCCUGAGCAAGUAAGAUACAUAGCAGACCAGCUAGAAACUCAUACCGUCACGUUCCACACGAUAGCGCGUGACCUCAACCUUCAUGUUCUGCAAGCCAAACGCAUUCUCCAUGCCUACUACUCAUCGAGCAAAGAAAGGCUCAGCGCGUUGUACCUCGUCAGCGGCAUCAAAGGGGCCAAGACGAUUUUGAAAGUUCUAGAUAACCUGAACGAAACGACUCUCAAUGAGAACUUUGACCUGGUUCUGUCCAUCCACGUAUAUAGCAUUUCACAGAACAAGUACAAUUUUAGUCUCAGUGAUAUAGCUCUUGAGGAGCUCAGGCGGCCAGUCGAUUUUGGCAACCUCGGAAAAUAUUAUGACUUUGGCAUGAUCCGUGGGCGGGAAUUGAAGGAGGCACAAAUGAAGCAUUCUGAGCCAGCGAGACCUGAGGCCGCUAAAGCACGGAAACAGGAGCCUAAGAAAGAGGUUGAUAAAGCAAAGACAGAAGCUAAACCCAAGCUACAAUACACAUCGAGAAAGGAAAAACCACAACCGUCGUUACUUUCGAAUUACGUUUCGAGGAAAGAUGAAAAGAAGCAGAAGGAGAAGCAAGGUGUUGGUGAAAAACGCUCAUUGCCCGAUCAAGGAAGUGGCUACCAGUACAAGUCGAGGAAGUUGGAGAAACUACAACCGAAGGAGCGGGUUAUUGUUUCAGAGUACAAUGGGGAUAACGAUCAUGAUGAGGAAGAGCCGGUGCCAGAGCGCAAAUCCGCGCAGGCAAAGUCCAACAACGACCUCAAUUCUUUAUUUUUGGACGAUCUCAGUGACUUUUCUGACCGUGAGGAGCUGAAACAGGAGGUGGCGGAAAACGAUGAACCCAUCAUGGUAGAAGAGCUGGAAGAGCCCCUGGAAGAAAAGGAGGCCACUCAACCCAAAGCCACCGUGGCACCCCUGCUCCCACAAGACUCCUCGUUGCGGUCUCUAGCGUCAAAGUCGCCCACGCCACAAACGGGCGAGGGCGCGGAGAAAAUAGACACAAGAGCUUCCGAAGAACCAGUAACUACAGUCGACGAGGAUGGGUACAUUGUAACGAAAAAGAAAACAGAACCGAAGAAAGAGCCUUCCAAGCCAUCGAGGAAACCGAUCAGCAGCAUCAGCAAACUGACCAAUUCCUCGAAGAAAAAAUCAGAUGGUGCAAAGAAGCAAGCUUCUCUUAUGAGCUUCUUCGAUCGACGAUAA